AUGCUGGCCAGCAGGCUCGUCCAGGCGGCAGUCACAGAUGGGGCUGGCGCGUCACGGGCCCACAGGCGGGCGACGAUGUUGUGCGGUUGCGUCAUGCUGCCGCGCGUGCACGAGCCACUCCUGGCUCGCUUCGCAGACGCCUUCCGCAGCGAGCAGCGGCGCCUCGAGCAGCAGCAGCAGUGGAUGCGGCGGCUUUCUCCAUCGGCUCUGGGAGUGGAGAGGCUCCUCGAGGGGAGCAAGGGGGCGGGCGUCGUACUCACGCCUCUCCGGGGUGCUCUCGACGAGCUUGGGGCAAUGGGCGCAGAGCCUUGUGCGCACCGCUACCUCAGCCGCAUGCGCGCGUUCGUUCGCACGGUUGCCGAGUUCUGCGAGAGAGGGGGCGACCCAAGGGUGCGGGCGGCGGUCGAGAUGCCGCAAGGUGCGUUAGUGCGAGUGCCGACGAAGUUUCCGGCGCGGACAUGCUGCUCGCGAUGCUCGUCGUCGCCUGCGCUCAAGCUGAUGCAGGGCGGGGUGCCCCUGAACGACAUGCAGGGCGAGACCGGCUACUGCCUUUGCAGCGUCGAGGCCGCCUUCGAGUACGUCCGCGGCGCGAGGCGCGAAGAGUUUGCAGACGAGAGGAGGAUGUCGGGCGGAUCGCCCGCGCCGGUGCUCAGGGAGUUGUCCGUUUGA